AUGUCAAGCUCUCAAAAUCCUUCUCCUGCAAAGAACGACGACAUCACACCCUCAUAUGAUUCUCUUCCUCAACAAAUCACCAUCGCAUAUCCAAUUUCGACGGUCUUUCCUGAAGAAAUAACGAAGACGAAGAAGACCACUUCGAAGAAAAGCUCUAAAGGAAGUCAAUCGACUUCUCGUGUGUCAUCUGAAUUGAAGAAAACCGGUAAGAGUUCUAAAUCCAAAUCUACACCCAAAAAUGUUCAUACGAUGCGUGAACUGUACCUUGACAAUCCUGCUACUCCAAAUGUUAAUGAUGGAGCACCUGUUGUUAGUAAGAAAAACUUAAAUUUAGCAUUUGAUUUAAGUACUGAAACCCUAGGACUAGGAAACCCUGGGUCUGCUGCAAAAUUGGGAGAAACCUCUUUGGAAAAACCUGAUAAUACUUUUGAUGAUAUUGGCGCUGCUACUAAGGCCAAUCCUGAGUCUGAGAUAACUUUUGGUGAGAAAUUAGUUCCAGACCAAGAUGCUGCAAAUGAUGCUACAGCAUCUGCAGCACAUGUUGAUGUUAGUGAUCCUAUAGUUCCUGAUUCACCAAAUACUUCUGUGCUUCCUGAUAAUGAGAAAGGUACUCCUGUGAUUAGGGCUGGUAUAACUAGGAGGCUGAGAAGUAGUACUGGAAAAGGUAUAGCCACUCCCUCUGAAGUCACCAAAGCUACAUUUGGGCCUAAGAAACAGUGGAGCAAGGUCACUGUAGCUUCUGAAAAUAAGAAGAAAACUGUGAAGAGGAAGACUAUUUCCUCUAGUGAUUCUGACUAUGAGGAAGACCAGGAUGCUGAAGCAUCUCCUGCAGCAUCCCCUCAGAAAUCCUCUAAGAAAAGAAGAAUGACCUCUGAUAUACCAUCUGUACCAAUUGAUAAUAUCUCUUUUCACUGUGUUGAAUAUGUUGACAGAUGGAAAUUUGUAGUCAAAAGAAGACUGGCUGUGGAAAGGAACCUAAGUGAAGAACUCUUGAAAUGUCAAGAUAUUAUGAGUCUGAUAGAAGAAGCUGGGCUGAUAAAGACUGUGUCUGAGUUGGGAAAGUGCUAUGAGAAGCUGACCAGAGAAUUCCUGGUUAACAUCCCAGCUGAUUGUGAUAACCCCUUAAGUUCUGAAUACUUGAAGGUAUGUGAUGUUCCUGCACCUGAGUUGGAGAUGUCUAUGAAUGAAGUAUGCAAGACAAUAACUGGUGACAAGGUGAAAGUGUGGCCAAAAGCUGAGAAAUUGUCUGCUGCAAAAUUGACCACAAAUGUAGCUACAGGUUUGGCUAAACUCAUCUAUGCCAUAGGUACUAGUAUUGUUUUUGAUUGUGGCACCUAUAUCUUUAAUGCAACAAUUCUACAUGGUUCCUCUACUGCUAUAAAGAUGCCAAUAGCUUUUCCCACCAUGAUCUGUGAUAUGAUUUUGUCCCAACAUCUUGAUAUCUGCACUAAGUCUGAUGUGCCUGUCACUAGACCUUCAGCCUUGACAAUGGAUUUUAGAUUGCUGGAAGGUAAACAUGCUGCAGACAUUGCUGUAGCAUCCUUGAAGAAACCAACUGCAGGCAUGACUAAGAGACAGAUGAUUGCUAAUCUCAGGGAGGUUAGUAAAAUGCUGGGUGAAAAGAAGGAGUUGGUGGAUGGUGUGAUCCAAGCCUUGGAGCUUGAGCAGACACAAGCAGAGGAGGUUGGAGUAGGUCCUUCCCACGGUGUUCCCCUUGAUGAUGAUGUUGCAGGUGGUGAAACUGAAGAAGAGGAGAUGGCCACUGAUGAAAGUCCUUCCAUAUGA